AUGUAUUCUUUUUUCGUUUGCUUUUCUCUUUUUUUUUGUCUUCUUCAUUCUGUUUUUUUUUAUCCAUGUUUUCGUUUUAAUUUUCCUUCGUUUAUCUUUGUCCUCUUUCCAUCUACAUCAUCAUUGUAUUUCCUUCCCACUUCUUCUUCUUCUUCUUCUUCUUUAUUUCUCUUAUUUUCUGUAUUUCUUUCAAUUUUCAAGUUUUUCUCAUUUAAUUCUUUUUUUUUGUUUUCAUUCUGGCUCUCCUUUCAUUCUUUGCCUUCAUUUUCGUUGAUUUUUCCUCAUUUUUUUAUCCUUUUCUAUUCAUCAUCAUCAUCAUCAUCAUUAUCAUUAUCAUCAUCAUCAUCUUCUUCUUCUUCUUCUGUUUAUUUAUCUUUUUUUCUCUUUUUUUAUUUUCAUUCCUUCUUUUCUUAUUUUUCCCUUACUCUAUCCCUCUCUCUGUUGUCUCAAACUUCUUUUUCUUCUUUUUCCUUUUCUUCUUCAUCUUCUUCUUCUUUUGCUUUCCCUUUAAUUUUAAUCUCUUUCAUCUUUUUCUUGAAUAUUCUUAAUUUCCUGAUAUACAUUUUCGUUCAUUCUUUUCUUGAUUCCUACAUCCUUUCUUUCUUUUUCUUGUUUGAUGGUCAUCAUCUCUUUCUCUCUCUCUUUCUUUCUUUUUUCUUUAAUAGUUUUCGUUCUUUCUUUUUCUAA